GGCGACAGGACGCGCUCGGGGAGUCGGGCGGGCGGGCGGCGCGCACCAUGCCCUCCUUCGACGAGGCGCUGCAGCGGGCCGGCGAGUUCGGGCGCUUCCAGCGGCGCGUGUUCCUGCUGCUGUGCCUGACGGGCGUCACCUUCGCCUUCCUCUUCGUCGGCGUGGUCUUCCUGGGCAGCCGGCCCGACCACUACUGGUGCCGCGGGCCGAGCGCCGCCGCGCUGGCCGAGCGCUGCGGCUGGAGCCCCGAGGAGGAGUGGAACCGCACGGCGCCCCCCCACCUCGGCCCCGCGCCCUCCGAGCGCCGCGGCGACGGCCGCUGCCAGCGCUACCUCCUGGAGGCGGCCAACGCCAGCGCCGCCGCCCCGGGCGCGCUCAGCUGCGCCGACCCGCUCGCCGCCUUCCCCAACCGCUCGGCGCCGCUCGUGCCGUGCCGGGGGGGCUGGCGGUACGCCCAGGCCCACUCGACCAUCGUCAGCGAGUUUGACCUCGUGUGUGGCAAUGCGUGGAUGCUGGACCUCACACAAGCCAUCCUAAACCUGGGCUUCCUGGCCGGGGCAUUCACCUUGGGCUAUGCAGCAGACAGGUACGGCCGAAUAGUCAUUUACUUAAUAUCCUGUUUCGGUGUUGGCAUUGCUGGUGUUGUGGUGGCAUUUGCACCCAAUUUCCCUGUGUUUGUGGUCUUCCGCUUCCUACAAGGCGUGUUUGGAAAGGGAACGUGGAUGACUUGCUACGUGAUUGUGACAGAAAUAGUAGGUUCAAAACAAAGGAGGAUUGUGGGAAUAGUGAUUCAAAUGUUCUUCACCCUUGGAAUCAUCAUUCUCCCUGGAAUUGCCUACUUCAUCCCCAAUUGGCAAGGAAUCCAGCUGGCCAUCACGCUGCCCAACUUUCUCUUCCUCCUUUAUUACUGGGUGGUUCCUGAAUCUCCCCGUUGGCUGAUUACUCGGAAGAAAGGAGAUAAAGCAUUAAAAAUUCUGAGGAGCAUUGCGAAAUGCAAUGGGAAGUAUCUCUCGCCAAAUUACUCGGAGAUCACUGUUACAGAUGAGGAAGUUAGUAAUCCAUCCUUUUUAGAUCUGGUGAGAACUCCCCAAAUGAGGAAGUGCACACUUAUACUUAUGUUUGCUUGGUUCACAAGUGCGGUGGUUUAUCAAGGACUUGUCAUGCGCCUGGGAAUUACAGGAGGCAACCUCUAUAUCGACUUUUUCAUCUCGGGAGUUGUGGAACUGCCAGGAGCCCUCUUGAUCUUACUAACCAUUGAGCGUUUUGGUCGGCGCCUACCCUUUGCGGCAAGCAAUAUAGUGGCAGGAGUGGCAUGUCUUGUCACUGCGUUCUUACCAGAAGGAAUACCCUGGUUGAGGACCAUUGUUGCUACCCUGGGAAGAUUAGGCAUAACCAUGGCCUUUGAAAUUGUUUAUUUGGUGAAUUCAGAAUUGUACCCAACAACAUUACGGAACUUUGGAGUUUCACUCUGUUCGGGUUUAUGUGACUUUGGGGGGAUCAUAGCCCCGUUUCUGCUCUUCCGCUUAGCGGCCGUUUGGCUAGAACUACCUCUCAUCAUCUUUGGUAUCCUGGCAUCUGUCUGCGGUGCUCUUGUGAUGCUUCUGCCUGAAACCAAGGGCAUCGCCCUGCCAGAAACAGUGGAUGAUGUAGAAAAACUUGGCAGGACUUUCUCUUGUCUCCUUUGUUUUGUUAGUCCACAUUCCUAUAAAUGUGGCAGAAAAAAGAAAACUCAAGUUUUGAGCUCUCACCUUUGAGCCCCUGCCAAAGAUGCAAGGAAAGAGCUAUUCAGGCUGGUCCCCCAAGGAACCGACGUGCCUUGCAGAGACGUGUGUGUGUCCACUUCAGCUGUGCAGCUCCAAGUGUUUUUAAUACUUUACAUAGACAUUCAGACUAUCCAGAGUAUUUUUAUACAAUGUCGGAUGAAUCAAGACUCAUCGUGCUGUCAAAGUUUCUGGGAACAUGUAAUAUGUGACCGGUUUAGCCAAGAGCCCGUUGUGUGCAUAGCUCCUCCUGAGGUUUUUUCUCACGCUGGGGCAGUGUCUCUGACCCACUGGGUUACAGAGAGACAAGAGAAGCCCCACCCAGUUCUCAGUGACGGUUCCAUCAGGAAUGCAAGAUGUGCAAACCAAGGAUCUGGGGCAAGUGUACAGAAAUGGGCUCAUCAAAUCUAAUCAAGACAUGGAGGCUCUGAACUGAGGGUUCUGAUGAUUCCAGGGAAGAUGAAGAUGUGGGAAUCUUGUUAAUGCGGAGACUGAAUCUAAGGACCUCGGGCCACCUGGCUCUGAGCCUUUGCUUUCUCUUCUCACCUUGAGCGCCUUAAGCUCCUGGAGCAUUUAGGGUUGCAGGCACUUUUAGGCCUUGUUCCAGAAAUAAGAACAAAUCUGCUGGACAAUUCAAGGAUUUGGCUCUAUUAUUUAUAAAAUCAGAUUGGUCCUGAGAUGAUUCAGGAUAACUGCGGUCCUCCUUUAGUGGACGCCUAGAGCCACAUAUUCAGUGUUUUACUGGUGAAACCCAUGGACUAUGACUUCAUGGGUCUUCAGAUUUUAAUCAUACAGGGAUAUUUAUCUUAUAUGUGUGAGUUCAGCUCUAUGAUGAUGCCCAUGGUCAAGAGUGAAAACUAUGGACAAAUCUCAUUCAAUCUUGACACUUUUGACUUGUCUUGGGAAGAAGCUUACAUUUUAGUUUGAAAGAAAGGUCAGUUAUAUCCAUGCUUAAAAGAAUUAGCAGAAGUUUAUAUUGUACAUGACUUUACAGGUACUAAUAAGGGAUUUGAUCUUUCUUUUUUGUUACUGAGACUUUUUGAAAUGUGGAGUUUAAAUACAAAUAUGCUGUCUUUAUGAUGUCCUGCUUUCUAUGUCACAUUUGUUAUAUUUUCAGGUUCAGUAUGUAUCUUAUGCAGAAUUGUUUAAUGAAUUAUUUUGGGUGGACAGGUAAAAUGGGAGCCAAAGGGAAACCUUGCCAGUGAGGAAGAAAGUUUCUAUGUGAACGUGUGACGAUAUGUACGGUGUACGUGCUAAUUGUAAAAUAAGGUUUUAAUCCUUAAAGCACAUCAGAAUUGAAUAUGAAUACUUUAUUUUUCAAUGAAAUAAACACAGUUCUUUAAGGG